AUGGGGGCUACCAAGAUCGAUGGCAAGGUGGUUGCCCAGAAGAUCAGGGAGCGGCUGGCCGAGGAGAUCAAGGAGAAACAAAAGAACAACCCCCGUUACCGGCCAUGCUUGAAGAUCAUUCAAGUUGGGGACCGACCAGAUUCGUCUACCUACGUGCGAAUGAAGUUGAAAGCAGCUCAAGAAGCCGGUAUUGACUGCGCUCUGAUACAUUUGCCCGAGACCAUAUCGGAGCCCGAGCUGCUGCAGCAAAUCAUUGAUUUCAACAACGACCCUGCUGUGCAUGGUAUUCUCGUCCAAUUGCCCAUUCCCAAGCAUCUCUCGGAACAUGCAAUCACAUCUGCUGUCGUGGACGAGAAGGAUGUUGAUGGAUUCGGGACCAUGAAUAUUGGCGAGCUUGCGAAGCGAGGCGGGAAGCCAUACUUCGUCCCUUGCACACCUAAAGGCGUUAUGGUGUUGCUGCAAGAGAGUGGUGUCGAGGUCAAGGGCAAGAACGCUGUCGUCCUCGGUCGCAGUGACAUCGUGGGCAGCCCGGUCAGCUACCUUCUGAAGAAUGCCGACGCCACUGUCACAGUCUGCCAUUCAAAGACACAGAAUAUCAAGGACGUGGUCAAGCAAGCUGAUGUCGUGGUUGCUGCUAUCGGGCAGCCAGGGUUCGUAAAGGGAGACUGGCUGAAGCCGGGCGCAGUCGUGAUCGACGUCGGGACAAAUUACAUCUCUGAUCCGUCCAAGAGUUCAGGUCAGCGCCUUGUUGGUGAUGUCGACUUUGAGUCGGCGGCUGAGGUCGCUUCUCAGAUCACUCCUGUUCCGGGUGGUGUUGGCCCCAUGACAGUUGCAAUGCUCAUGCAGAACGUUGUCGAAUCGGCCUCGGCCUAUUUCGAGAAACUGAAGUCAAGGCACGUAACUCCAUUGCCAAUCAAGGUCCAGACACCUGUGCCAUCCGACAUUGCAAUUUCCCGCUCACAGCACCCGAGACAGAUAACGCACAUAGCUACUGACAUUGGCAUCGCUCCUCACGAGCUAGAGCCGUAUGGUGCUUACAAAGCCAAAGUCGACCUGUCGGUGCUUUCAAGGCUUGAGCACCGAAAGAAUGGCAAGUAUAUCUUGGUUUCUGGUAUCACUCCGACCCCUCUGGGCGAAGGCAAGUCCACCACCACAAUGGGUCUCACGCAAGCACUGGGUGCGCAUCUGAACAAAGUGACCUUUGCGAAUGUGCGACAACCCAGUAUGGGUCCGACCUUUGGCAUCAAAGGUGGUGCGGCCGGUGGUGGGUACAGUCAAGUCAUUCCUAUGGAUGAGUUCAAUCUUCAUCUGACGGGUGACAUCCACGCGAUUACUGCUGCCAAUAACCUGUUAGCGGCUGCGAUCGAUACGCGCAUGUUCCACGAAUCCACACAGAAGGACGGUGCUCUCUUCAAGAGGUUGGUGCCUAGCAAAAAAGGCAAGCGAGAGUUCGCCCCAGUCAUGCUUCGAAGACUCAAGAAACUGGGAAUCGACAAGACAGACCCGAACGAGCUCACAGAAGACGAGAUCCGUCGGUUCGCACGCCUCGACAUCGAUCCUGAGACAAUCACAUGGCGGAGAGUGCUCGACGUCAAUGACAGACACCUGCGAGGCAUCACAAUCGGCCAAGCACCUACAGAAAAAGGUCAUACCCGAGAGACAGCCUUUGACAUCUCCGUGGCAAGUGAGUGCAUGGCGAUCCUUGCCUUGAGCACCGACCUCAGGGACAUGCGCGAGCGUCUUGGCCGCAUGGUGAUCGGCUCAUCCAGGGCUGGAGAGCCCGUCACUUGCGACGAUAUUGGCGCUGGCGGUGCUCUCACGGCACUGAUGAAGGAUGCUAUCAAACCCAACCUGAUGCAGACUUUGGAGGGCACUCCUGUCUUUGUCCAUGCUGGGCCAUUCGCAAACAUCAGCAUCGGCAACAGCUCUGUCUUAGCGGACAAGGUUGCACUUAAACUGGCGGGGACUGAGCCUGAUGAAGACCAUGAAGCGAAAGCCGGAUUUGUCGUUACCGAAGCCGGCUUCGAUUUCACCAUGGGUGGCGAGAGAUUCUUCAACAUCAAAUCCCGAGCCUCCGGCCUCGUGCCCGACGUCGUCGUCGUCGUUGCUACGAUCCGAGCACUAAAAGUCCAUGGCGGAGGUCCCGAGAUUUCGGCUGGAGCCUCUCUGCCAGAGGCGUAUCGAACCGAGAAUGUCGAAAUGCUACGCGCCGGAUGUGUCAACCUCAGAAAGCAUAUCGCCAACGCCAAGUCCUACGGCGUUCCCGUUGUUGUGGCCAUCAACAAAUUCGAGACUGAUACUGAAGCCGAGCUCAAAGUCAUAGAAGAGGAAGCUCUUGCUGCGGGCGCGGAAGCGGCUGUGCCAGCUAACCACUGGGCUGAAGGAGGUGCUGGCGCUGUUGAUCUUGCCAAGGCCGUAGUUGAGGCUUCGUCGAAGCCAAAGGACUUCAAAUUUCUCUACGGCCUCGAGGGCAACGUCCACGAGCGCAUCGAGAAGAUCGGCAAAGAAAUGUACGGCGCGGACAAGGUCGAGUUCAGCGAGUUGGCCCAACAGAAGGUGGACAUGUACACUAAACAGGGCUUUGGGAAUCUGCCCAUUUGCAUUGCGAAGACGCAGUACUCGCUGAGCCAUGAUCCCGCGCUGAAAGGCGCACCCACUGGCUUCACCGUCCCGAUCCGGGACGUCAGGUUGGCUGUUGGGGCUGGCUAUCUGUAUGCCUUGGCUGCAGACAUUCAAACCAUUCCCGGCCUGCCCACGGCGCCGGGAUAUCUGAAUGUGGACGUGGAUCCGGAGACCGGGGAGAUAGACGGGUUGUUCUGA